AUGAACUCCAUCGACCCUCAGGCCCAUCACCAGCACCAGAACCAGCACCAGCACCAGCACCAGAACCAGCACCAGAACCACCACUCCAUCCCACCCAAAGGCCCGCAGGAGGGUCCGGACAUGGCAGCUGUGUACUGCGACAGCUUCAGCAGCUUGUACCCGCAGCAGCAGCCGGGUCUGCCGGGGCUGCAGGGUCCGCAGAGACCCCCCGCUGGCUUCGGCCUGGCGGACUACACCUCGUCCCCGAACCCGUACCUGUGGCUCAACGGGCCCGGGGUCAACUCCUCCGCGUCCUACCUGCAUGGGGGGGGCAACCCGGCCUCCUUCAUGCCGUCCUCCUACGGCUCGCAGCGGCAGUUCAUCGCCAACUCACCUGCCGGCUUCGGGGGGCCCGACCUGGGCUGGCUGUCCAUCGCCAGCCAGGAGGAGCUGCUGAAGCUGGUGCGACCCCCGUACUCCUACUCCGCGCUCAUCGCCAUGGCCAUCCAGAACGCGCACGAAAAGAAGCUGACCCUGAGCCAGAUCUACCAGUACGUGGCCGACAACUUCCCCUUCUACAAGAAGAGCAAAGCCGGCUGGCAGAACUCCAUCCGACACAACCUGUCCCUGAACGACUGCUUCAAGAAGGUGCCCAGGGACGAGGACGACCCAGGAAAAGGAAACUACUGGACGCUGGACCCAAACUGUGAAAAGAUGUUUGACAAUGGCAAUUUCCGCAGAAAAAGGAAAAGACGGUCCGACCCUGGCAGCGUUGGAGGAGCGGCGGCGGCGGCGGCGGUGACGGUGGGACCCUCUAAGGUUGAGGAUGGCAGGCCGGCCGGGUCGGGCCCCCUGAAGCCCUCGGACAGCCCUCAGCUCCUGGGGCCUUCCUCUCCGGAGAUGGAGGCGAUGAACGAAAACCACAAGAGCUCGUCGUCGUCGCCGCCGCCGCCGGGUCUGACCUCGUCCACUCCGUGUUUUAACAACUUUUACAGCAGCAUGUCCACGCUGAGCUCGGGGGCCCCCGGCCGGCAGGGGUCCCUGGGUCUGGUGAACGAGCUGUCGAAUCGGAACAUUACGGCCCUGAGCCCGUACCACCCCAGCCACGGCGGACAGGACGGGGGGGUGUCGGAGCACGGCGAGGGCUUGCAUUUCAACCGUGGAGUGUACUACAACACGUUUGGCGGGGGGCAGAGCGGACAGUUCAACGGCCACUUCUACAACAGCUUCAGCGUCAACAGCUUGAUUUACCCGAGGGAAGGGACCGAGCUAUAG